GAAUGAGCAUGUGACAGUGCCUCGGAUAGCAGCUAGCGCUGUCUUGGUCGUCGGAUCACUUUCGCCUCGGUGAUUAGACUUACCUAGAGUAUCAAUGAAAAUUGCACGGUUAACAAAGGAAAAUGAACGACAGUGUAUCUCUUGGAGAGCUGUUCCUCGGUUGCAAGAGCUGUGGCAAUCAUCGGCAUUGCACACUGCCUAGGCAGAGAGAGAGAGCAUCAGCUCAAUCAAAUGUCCAUUCUCGUGCUCUUUGCUCUUGGAAUCCCGGUCCCGUCAUAACCAGGCCGUCGAAUCAAAUCUUUCAAUACGAACUUGGCCGGCCCCUGAUCCGUUUUGUUGGGUCCUCACCCCUCGUCGCUACAGCCGAAUGUGGCAGGCGGUAAAGUAUUUCCCAUCCUGUGCGUCAUUCCAAGUGGUGCAGAGCUCAGCGCAGAGGGUGGUGUAGAAGCGGCAGAACCAUUGGCGGGCAGGCAGUAAUAGAGACUAAUAGUGCUGUCUCUGAGGUGGUCACAUGGACUGAGUGAGGAGACAAAUUACCUUUGCCUUUACCUUAUCGUAUAAAACUGAUCGCACACGCUCGAUCCUUCUUCUCGUCCUACCAAAAUUGUCCUAUAUGAGAAUCAUUACCUAUCUAUUUCGUCCAUCCAUUUGUUCAGCGUUCUCUGCCUCGACUAGGUUUCCUGCUAUUCGAUAUAUCUCCCAUUCCAGACCACUUUCCACCCGCUUGCCCACCAUGUCCUCUGGAUUACUCAACGUAAAUGGCAAUGGGAGGCCGGAAAAGAGACACAAAGUCACAGUCAUCGGCUCAGGAAACUGGGGCUCGACCAUAGCCAAGAUUGCUGCUGAAAACACCAAAGCCCACCCCGAGCUGUUCGAGGAGAAAGUCCAGAUGUGGGUAUAUGAGGAAGAUGUCAUGCAUGAGGGCAAGGUUGAGAAGCUGUCAAAUGUUAUCAAUACCCACCAUGAAAAUAUCAAAUACCUGCCGAAAAUCAAGCUGCCGACCAACCUCGUUGCGAACCCUUCCCUCGAAGAUGCCGUUCAGGGCUCAUCUAUCUUGAUCUUCAACCUCCCUCACGAGUUCAUCCACAAGACCUGCACAACGCUGAAGGGAAAGAUUGUACCAUAUGCUCGCGCCAUAUCGUGCAUCAAAGGUGUCGAUGUCUCAGACGAAGGCGUGUCUCUCUUCUCGGAAUGGAUUGGCGAUGGCCUGGGCAUCUACUGCGGUGCACUUUCCGGAGCCAACCUCGCUUCUGAGAUUGCUGAAGAGAAGCUAUCCGAGACUACCAUAGCAUAUGAUCCGCCGCCCAUGGACAACUCUCGCAAUCCGUCCCGCAAUGCUACCCCACGAUCAGCCACACCGGCUCGUGGUGACCCGCGGGAGCUGAGCAUAACACCCCUAACUGAUAUGCAGCACAGAGACGCUCGUGGGAGAAUUAGUAAAACCCGCCUGACCCCCGUGCCGCCAGAGUACCCCCCACUUGACCAUGACACCUUCAAAGCUCUGUUCCAACGCCCUUACUUUUUGGUUAGCAUGGUUUCCGAUGUAGCUGGCACCUCUCUUGGUGGGGCGCUGAAGAAUAUCGUAGCUCUGGCUGCUGGUUUCGUUGUAGGCAAGGGCUGGGGAAACAACGCCAAGUCAGCCAUCAUGCGUGUUGGGCUGCUAGAGAUGAUCAAAUUUGGCAAGGAGUUUUUCGGCGAGACUGUGUCUACUGCCACCUUCACAAAGGAAAGUGCAGGCGUUGCUGACCUGAUCACGAGUUGCUCGGGAGGUCGUAACUUCAACGGCGCCAAGCUUGCCGUAGAGCGAGGUGUCUCGGUCCAAGAGAUCGAGCAAAAAGAGCUUAAUGGCCAAAAGCUACAGGGAACAAGCACGGCAGCUGAAGUAUACUCAUUCUUACAGAAGCGCGGGGUAGAGAAUGACUAUCCGCUAUUUACGGCUGUGUUCGACAUUCUGGAGGGCCGGAAAACAGUAGACGAUAUUCCGGCGAUUUUGGCAAAGGCGCAAUCAUAGACUAGGACGGGUUUACAGCGGUUACAAUUCAGAUAUACGCAACUAGACCUAGAUACUAUGCUCCAGCCCGUAUAAUUAUUGGAAGAUACGAUAUUAUGACUUAGGCACUGACGGUACUGAUUGAUCUAAUACACAAACAUGUAAUGGGACACCUUACAUCUUCCCUG